AUGAACCGUUACGACUGUUGUGGUCAUGUUAAAAUUACUAUUUACGAAAACCUUGCAUCAUUUGCUGAUAUAGAAAUAGAACAAAUUUUACAUCUAACAAGAUCAGAUAUCUCAAUUCCAUUCAAAGUCAAGCAGUUUUUUCAGGAUAAUAUUAAUUUAUUACCACGUGAAAUAAAUAAACAACUUAAUGAACGUGCUUUAAAUAUUAAUAUUUGUCAAAAACAAAUUCAUUUUUGGUGGAAUGAACUUGGUAGAAAUAGAUAUAAGCGAGAUGAAGAUUCCUUUAUUUCCGCGAAAAAAUGGCUUGAAGAAAAAGAAUAUAACAUA